UAAAAUAUCUUUAAAACACGAAUCAAAGAAUGUAUAUAGCCUAUAACGCGAAGUACAUAUGAAACACGUGUCGAAGAAAGGCGGGAAAAGGAAAUACGACGGACGGGUCAUGCCGCCAUUACCAUAAUGUUCACUGCAGUGAAAGUUUUUUUCUGUAAUCACCUUUGUAAGGAUGAGUAGCUUAUUGAGGAAGUAUAGAAGAAGAAGGAGGUGGAGGAGGAUGAUGAAUAGCAGCUCCUCUUCUUCUGAAGGUUGUGAUACUCCAUUCAUGAACAUGAAUUCCAUCAACGGACAAUGUGCAAUAGAAAAAACACAAAUGAACGGGCAAAAUAAUGUCCACAACGAUCAAAAUGUGAUAAAAGAAUCUCUCCCAACACGGAAGGAGGAUUACUCCAGUGACAUGGGCAUUUUUAACAGGAAAAACGGACCUCCUUUUGACGGAACUCCUAUCAACUUGCUGGACGAUAGGUCUUUUGUGAUUAACGAUAAAAUGAGGAGUUCGUUCAGGGACAUCAUGAACAAAAUGUCUGAAAAUACUCCAACGCUUGGAAAUCUACUUGCUAAAACAAAAUACACAGGCUUGAGUAGCAAGGACACAAAAAGUAGUAUUAUCUUAAACCCACCACCUCCUACUACAACCUCAGCCCCUUCUGUGUCAGGGGGGCAGAAAACUUCUGCUGGGAAUUUAUUUGACAAAAUGCAAGAAAUGCAAAAUUCUACUACGGCCAUUGAAAAAACAACAGAGUGCAAUAAAGAUAAUUCAGUAGUAAACGUGGAAGCAGAAACAAAAGCUAAAUGUGAUGAGGUAAUAGAACUUGAUGACAGUAUAGAAGAAAAAGAAACUAAAGGUGAUCUUCCCGUACAUUCAAAUGAUCUCAAAGUAGAUGCCAAGGAAAAGAAAUCUGAAAAUGAUUUGUUAGAAAUAACCUCUGAUUCAGAGGAUGAAGAAAAGAAGACGUCAAAUGAGGAAGCUAGGAAUGAGAAUGAUAUGAAACCAGAGGAAGAAGACAAACUCCUGGCAUCAGAUGAAGACACUCAGCAGUCAGGGAUAUCUGUCAGGAGCCCUCAAUCUCAGGAAUCAGCCAGUAAAGACUCUCAGGACUCUGUCAGCUGUGAUAAAAACUCAAUCAGUGAGAAUGGAAAAGAUGUGGAAGAUGCAUCCGAAAAAAUGGAAGUCGAAGAGGAAGAGGAGGAAGAGAGUGCAAGUGAAAGUGAAAGUAGUGGUUCUGAAAAGAAACGAAAAAGUGAAAGUGAAAACAAUACCACUAGUGAGGACAGCAAGUCAUCUGAAGACAGCAGUAAUUUAGAUUCUAAGGAUGCACAGGAGGAGAAAGAAGUGAAUGAUAAAAAGAGACCGGCUGACUUCAGUGAUGCUCUCCCCUACGAACCCAAGCGCUCCAGAUUGGAUAUGGUGAUCGGGAAACUUGGAACACAGAUUGGGAUAGCCCCUGAAAGUCUGAAGGAUGAGGAGAUGUCGGACACUGAUACAGCAACCGAAUCGACGCCAACUCCCACAGAGGAUACUGAGGAUGAAGAUGAAGAUCUGCAUAGAAAGAAGAAGAAACCACCUGUUAGACUUUCAGAAAAGGUACUAGAGAAGAUGGUAAAAACAAAAGUACUAAACCACCUUAAAAACCAAAAAGAAGGAUUGGUAGCAGAGCUUCAGCAAAAAGUUGAGGAGUUGCAAGCUUCUAAUGAUAUGUGGAAGCAAAGAGUGAAAGACCUUGAGAAGCAAAUUCUAGAGGUCACAGUUCUCCAGCAGAAACAUGAAAAACGUAAAGCAAAAACCGCAGCUCUAAGACAAAUCACUACAAAGAGUGUUGGAGUUCAGGUUGAUUCACAGAAGGCAGCAGCUAUAGUCCAACAAUCACAACAGACCACUCCAGUCAAGUCUCCAACUCCCAAACCCAUCACUAAAACUGCCACAACUCCUCCCGCCUCUACCUCAAAGCCUGGCCCCACCCUCACCAUCUCCAAGUUCACACCAUCCUCGCCUCAGCUGGCUCCCCCCAAGUCCACUCUCAAUCCCGUUACAAACAUUCCAAUUCUCAAGACCCAGACCCCAGCACAAAUGCAGACAACUCUCAGUAGCCAGUCUGCACCCAUUGUGACGUUUCCUUCAGCAGCAGAUGGAAGUAAAGGACCAUUUCCAUCCAACCAGACAGUUAAGACAAUCUUGGAUAACACUCGGAGUUCCCUCCAACAGAGUCCAGGAAACCAGACUGUUAAGAACAUUCUGGAUACCAGUCGGGGUUUGGUUUCACAGCCUAUCAGUAAUUCUCGAGUCAGACCUGUGCGAGCGGUCACCCCAGGAGUUCAGUCAAACACCUUACUCUCUCCAACUAUAGCGCCCAAUCAGAUGACAUCUUAUAUUGUAGUUCCAACACCAGGCGCAUUACCCACUUCAAAGCCAAAUGUUACAGUUGUCACAGCACCAAUUGUAAACCCACCAACUCUUAGCAGUCAGCAACAAGUUCAAGUGAAUCAGCAAGGGCAGACAAAGUCUGUUAAAGUGAUCGACCUCACCAUGGAAGAAGAAGCCAAUCGAAACCUGGCAAACAGGGGAGUUGCAAUCUCCAUGUCCAAUAAUCAGGUUCUGGUUCCAACAGGAACAGGAUUGCCACAAGGUCUGAUCCUGUCAAAUCCUGCAGGUUCUUCAAUUAUAAGAAAUGGACAACAACAACCAGCAUAUCAGUUUGUCUUCAGUUCCACCAGCAAAGCAUUACCUCAGGGCAGUAUUCUGACUCUUGCCACCCCUAUUCCCAGUCCUGGAAUGAGACCUGCUGUAGCAGGAACAUCCAUGGUGGCAGCAACUUCAUCAGCCAUUACAGCAAUGCCUCAGCUUAGACCAGGGCAAGCCACCACCACUCCUCCGAGCUCCAAACAAACAGCAUCCGUGGCAGCUCCAGUUCAGCAACGACCACCUCCACCUUUACAGUAUGGAGCUCAAAAUACAAAUAGGAUGGCAAAUACAUCUUUAACCACUGUGGCACCCCCUCCCCUUUCUGCUCAACACCCAGCACCAUUACCUCCUGUUACAUCGGUGGUGACUUCAGGUCAGAAACCAUUACCUCCAAAACCCAGUCUGAAGAUCUCCAGGGUCAGCCAGGGUAUUGUGCUGUCUUGGAAUAUGACUUUGAAUGAGACGCCUCAUGCUGAUAUAGCAUCGUAUCAGCUGUUUGCAUAUCAAGAGGGAAAUACACCACCAAGUACAGCUCUUUGGAAAAAGGUUGGAGAUGUUAAAGCACUGCCCUUACCAAUGGCAUGUACUUUGACACAGUUUCAGGAGGGGAACAAAUAUCAUUUUGCUGUACGUCCGGUGGAUGUUCUCGGACGCAAUGGUCAUUUCAGUGACCCUAACUCCAUACAUCUUUUACCAAACAAGAAAGAUUGAUGACUUGUUUACUCUAGCAGAUUUUUCUUCAAUCAUACCAAAGCAACAGAUCAUCAGAUGGCUGGGAAGAAAACUGAUGCAUCAUUUUGUCCAUAAAGAUUUAUCAUAUCAUUAUCAAUUCUUGAGCAAAAUUCCAAAUUAAAUUAUUUCUGCUUCAGAAAUGACCAAGUACAUUGCAAUAGCUCAUUGCAAUUGUUGUGGUGUUUUUAUACUGAAACCCAAUUUAUGUACAUAUGUAAUGCCAAUGUGUGUUUAUACACUGUAUAUAUAUAUAUAGUAGUUAUAUUUUACAAUAUAUGUAGGGUAAAAUGUGAAUCAAGUUUAAUGUGUGUUAUUUAUUUCAAGAUAAAAUGUUGGAUCUUGAUGAAGUAUUGUCAGUUUAGAAGGUGGUAAACUGGAUAUUUAUUGAGUGCCUUUAAUAAUUCAGCCAUUUAGUGAGAAGGUAUAGGCAGUGAAUUGAAGUUUUCUUUUUUAUACACAGAACUUGUUUUUAAGACUAUUAAAAAUGAUCUGGAUCAUUCAUUGCAUUCUGAAGGUCCUGAGACAUUUCUUUUUUAUUUUGUUUUACUUAAGUUUGAAUUAAUUGUGUUCUUUUUUUUCCUUGUCUUGGACUUAAAUAAUAUCAGGUAUAUGUUAGAUACUUAAAAAGAUUAACAAACACAGGAUUUGACACACUAUCUUGGAAUCUGCUGAGUCGGGCAGUGAAUUGUCAUUUUACAGAUUUUAAGUGUUGGGUGUUUUAAUGUUACAGAAAUGGCUGGAGAAAUGGAACUCUCUUUUUAUUUUCGUCUGUUUUUAUGUUUUGCACCGUGAAAUUAAAUUUAUGAAACUUUG